AUGCUCGGUGCAAAUACAGAACGAUUACACAAUGCGAUAGGACAUUCCGAAGGCAGAGUUGGACAGUUUCCUCCGCCCAGACGAUCGCGCGCCAAAGACCCAGCCGCCCGGAAAAGGGCGGUAUACGUGGAGCAGGCUUGCAUGUUCUGCAAAGCCCGUAAGAUUCGUUGUGACGGCCAAUUGCCGUGCGUACCCUGUCAGCGGCGGUCAUCCAACUGCCGAUACAGUAAAAUCCACAGUGAGGCUCGGGGCAGCGUCAACGAGCAAUCAAGUGCAACCCCAGAAAGUCCGGUGUCAAGGACUCCAAACCAAGUUGGGUUGGCCGAGCUGACCGAUAUUGUUUCUCAGCUUCAGACAAAGAUUGCCGUUCUAGAACGCCAGCAGCACGAGUCGAGAAGCGAGAAGACAACCCAGAAUCAUGGCAACCUGAUCGAUCAGGACGUCCAGAACACCACUCAUGGACUGUCACCAGCUUUCGCAGGUCCUACCAGUGCAGAAUUCAGCUUGGGUGUGGCAGGCAUCAUCCUUCAGCAAGAAAGGGGCGCAAGCAAUGGAAGGCCGUGGCUCAAUGCAGAAUUGGCCGGAUCGGUUAAUUCUGAUGAAGAGGGAGAAAAUUCCUGCAACCUGCCUCUUAAUGAAACAUCUUCACCGCUGUACGGGUUACAAUUGCAGGAUGUACACCGAUUGAUCCAGCUUUACCACGAGUCCAUCGAAAUUCUGCAUCCAGUCGUGGACAGCAAGUCCUUGCAGCAGCUGGCCACUUCACUUUUUCAGGGUGUAGACUAUGCUGCGGAUCAUAUCACCUCUUCGCCUUGCUCUCCUUCUUUUUUAUCUGCAGAUGUCGAUAUUGCCCACCUGAAGAUGGUGGUGGCUAUUUCGUUACUUGCUGAAAGCGGAGGUUUCAACCCGGUGGCCAGAAAAAUUCACGACGACCUGAUCCCAGUCAUCACCAGUCAUAUCCUGGCCAAAACAUUCACCCUUGGGGGUCAAAUUCUCCUUCUUCUCACUGCGUUUUAUCACAUAUUUCAAGAUGACUCUCGCCUUGCUUCACGUUAUGUUAUCAUUGCAUCUCGUAUCAUGGUUGAAGCUGGGCUGCAUUUGAAAAAUGUACGCCGAAGCCACCUUGCCAGCGAUGCCGAAAACGCGCGAGUGCUUGUUGUGCUGUGGACUUGCAUGUAUCUCGAUCGUCAAUUAAACUUCAACGCCGGUCUUCCUUUGGGUCUGAAUGAUUCCGACAUUGAGAUUCCUGAAAUGGAAAAAAUGCCUCCCUAUUUGAAAGCAAUGACCUCCUACAUGAGAAUGGGGCCCCGUGCCUGGAACGCCAUGACAGAUGAGCGUGGCCAACUGAAAUGCACGAUCAGCAAAGAAGAUUUCGAGUUUAUCGAUUUUCAAGUACAACGCUGGGAGGAAAGCUUGCCUACAGAACUGCGUAUCCUCCAACAUCGGCCGCUUGUUGACCCAAACGAUUCUGUGAAAGCGCCUGACCGAGGGACUCAGCUCCUACGAUUCAUCUUAUACCUGCGCGCGAAUCAGUUCAAGAUUGUCCUUAUGCGGCCGCUAUUGUUUUCAACGCAAACAUUCCAACAGAAUAUCCAACAGGUAAUGCAUAUGACUCAGCUCGCAAAUGACAACAUUGAAAUGAUUGUCACAGCGGAUAAAACAUGCGGCUUGUACGCAAAGCAACAGCCGCUCUUCAACCUUUUCCUGUCAUCCGCGCUGUCUACACUACUCCUGAUAUACGUACACAGUUUGCCCGGUCAUGGAAUGGUUGCCAGUCGCGACGAUCUCCCAGAAAUGGUCAGGACGGUCCAACUUGGAAUAAACAAUGGGCUAGAACUCCUACGAUCGUACUCUCUCUCGCGCUCGUCGCAGCGGCUAUCGACAAAAAUCGCCAGCUUGUUGCAAUGUCUCGGAUUUUCGCUAUUGGCAAGCGAUAAUCAAACUGCCGGAGCGACAAAAGCUCCUUCUAGCUCAUCUUCAGAAGGUUCUCACCCUGUGACCAUCUCUCCACAACCCCCACGGGAGGGCUGUCUUUCUCAGGACUUUUCCGGCUGGCACAGUCUUCUCCCCGAUGACGGCCUGACGAGUGGUGGUAUUUUGCAGCAUCAGGCCUCUAGCAACCAAGCCUUCGCAAUUUCGGAAUUGGAUCAGGUGGCAUUCUGGAAUGGCAAAAAUUCUUUCGACAAUGAUAUCUUGCUGACGUUUAUGAAUGAGUUUUCAGGCUGA